AUGUGCGACUACACGCAAGUCCAGUACAAAUGCAACCAUCUACGAUAUGUGGUUCGAGCCUGGUGCACGAAAUACCAAGAAACGCACAAAAGAUGUCCUGCAAAUGUGGUGGCAAUAGAAUACCGGUUGGACGAAGACUGUGGUGAUUGCAGGAGCUCCUCCAUGUCCAAGUCAAGACUCCGCUAG